AUAGAACACGCUGGCCCGAUGGCUUUCAUGGGCAGAUUGUCUCUCUACUUGCACAAAACCUCAUUUUCGAGUUCUGAGAGCUAUUGACACCAUGCCAUUCACGUUGGCCAAAUCGCUCGAAAAGCGCCACCUUAUUGUCCAACCAUCAGAUCUGGCCCUUAAUCCGCCACAGAGCUAUCUGUUCGUCCAGGACUUCCUGAUAUUAUCAUGCGCCAUUCUCUACUGCUUCUGCUACAUCUUUUAUACGAUCCGCACCAAACGGGACAGGUUCUUAGCCGUGCCCAUCGACCUGAUGUAUGUAUAUUGUGGCUACAAGAAUAAUGAACCUCGGUGCAUCACUCACUUACACGCGUGUCAGGUUUGGCAAUUUAGCCUAUGAGAUGUACUAUCCUUUCAUUGUGACAUGCAGCAAAUUUCAGCUUGCGGGAUGUCUUGUCUUAGUUUGCCGGAUUUGACAGCUCCGUAAGGCG